AUGCCUUCAAAAAUCUGUUUCUUUCUUUCUUUUCAAUAUUCCACAUUGUUUGUCCGCCGUUCUAAAUUCUUUCUUUCUUUCCUUUCUUUCUUUCUUUCAUUCCUUUCUCUCUUUCUUUCUUUCUUUCUUUCCUUAUUUUCUUUCUUUCUUUCUUUAUUUUCUUUAUUUUCUUUCUUUCUUUAUUUUCUUUAUUUAUUUUCUUUCUUUCUUUUCUUUCUUUCUUUCUUUAUUUAUUUUCUUUCUUUCUUUCUUUAUUUAUUUUCUUUCUUUCUUUCUUUCUUUAUUUUCUUUCUUUCUUGCUUUAUUUUUUCUUUCUUUCUUGCUUUUUUCUUUAUUUAUUUUCUUUUUUCUUUCUUUUCUUUUCUUUCUUUCUUUCUUUCUUUCUUUCUUUCUUUCUUUCUUUCUAUGUCUGUGUUAAGGCGGCAGUCCGUUUUCAAUCUAUCUAUCUAUCUAUCUAUCUAUCUAUCUAUCUAUCUAUGCCUCAGUCUAUUCAUAUCUAUGUUAACUAUCUAUCUAUGCCUCAGUCUAUUCAUAUCUAUCUAUCUAUCUAUCUAUCUAUCUAUCUAUCUAUCUAUCUAUCUAUGCCUUAGUCUAUUCAUAUCUAUGUCUAUCUAUCUAUCUACGCCUCAGUCUAUUCAUAUCUAUCUAUCUAUCUAUCUAUCUAUCUAUCUAUCUAUCUAUCUAUCUAUGCCUCAGUUUAUUCAUAUCUAUGUCUAUCUAUCUAUCUAUGCCUCAAUUUAUUCAUAUCUAUGUCUAUCUAUCUAUCUAUGCCUCAGUUUAUUCAUAUCUAUCUAUCUAUCUAUGCCUAUCUAUUCUCAGUUUAUUCAUGUUAAUCCAUCUAUCUAUGCCUCAAUCUAUUCAUAUCUAUGUUAUCCAUCCAUCUAUCUAUCAUCUAUUCAUGCCAUCCAUCUAUUCCAUAUCUAUCUAUCUAUGCCCCAGUCUAUUCACAUCUAUCUAUCAUAUCUAUCUAUGCCUCAGUCUAUUCAUAUUCAUCUAUCCAUCUAUCUAUGCCUCAUCUAUUCAUAUCUAUCUAUCUAUCUAUCUAUGCCUCAGUCUAUUCCUAUCUAUGUUAAUCCUAUCUAUCUAUCCCUCAGUUUAUUCAUAUCUAUCUAUCUAUCUACGCCUCAUUUAUCAUAUCUAUGUCUAUCUAUCUAUCUAUGCCUCAGUUUAUUCAUAUCUAUAUUAUCCAUCUAUCUAUCUAUGCCUCAGUCUAUUCAUAUCUAUAACUAUCUAUCUAUGCCUCAGUCUAUCCACAUGUUAACUAUCUAUCUAUGCCUCAGUCUAUUCAUAUCUAUCUAUCUAUCUAUCUAUGCCUUAGUCUAUUCAUAUCUAUCUAUCUAUCUACGCCUCAGUCUAUUCAUAUCUAUCUAUCUAUCUAUCUAUCUAUCCCUCAGUUUAUUCAUAUCUAUGUCUAUCUAUCUAUCUAUGCCUCAGUUUAUUCAUAUCUAUCUAUCUAUCUAUGCCUCAUCUAUUCAUAUCUAUCUAUCUAUCUAUCUAUCUAUCUAUCUAUGCCUCAGUCUAUUCAUAUCUAUGUUAACUAUCUAUCUAUGCCUCAGUCUAUUCAUAUCUAUCUAUCUAUCUAUCUAUCUAUCUAUCUAUCUAUGCCUCAUCUAUUCAUAUCUAUCUAUCUAUCUAUCUAUGCCUCAGUCUAUUCCUAUCUAUGUUAACUAUCUAUCUAUGCCUCUGUCUAUUCAUAUCUAUCUAUCUAUCUAUCUAUCUAUCUAUCUAUCUAUCUAUGCCUUAGUCUAUUCAUAUCUAUGUCUAUCUAUCUAUCUACGCCUCAGUCUAUUCAUAUCUAUCUAUCUAUCUAUCUAUCUAUCUAUCUAUCUAUCUAUCUAUCUAAAGCCUCAUAACAUCGCAUAUUUUCUUAAUUCUUUCUUUCUAUCGCUUUUUCGAAAAUUGCUAUCAAUGCUUUCUUUUCCUUUCUUUCAAAUUCAAGUUGCCAAUGUGUUUUACUACUUUAUCUGGUUCUUUCUUUCUUUCUUUCUUUCUUUCUUUCUUAAGCCACUUUUCCUUCUCUUUCUUUCAAUUUUCUUUCUUCCUUAUUUACGCUGCUUAUCUCCUAUAAUUCCACUUCCGGUUUCUUUGUCUCUUUCUUAA